AUGUCUGAAGAAGAGGGCAACACUUCUACCAUUUCAAACACCAACUCGGCAAUCUACGAAGACAAGAACAAGUAUGAGGAUGAUGGCUUGGCCAACUCAGGUUCUGAUGCCAUUGCCCCAGCUGAACUACCAAGACAACCAGCCUCUGCGUACGUCACCGUAUGGAUUCUAUGUCUGUUGAUCGCUUUCGGUGGGUUUUUGUACGGGUGGGAUACAGGUACCAUUGGUGGUUUCAUGAAAUACCCUGACUUUUUGAGACGUUUCGGUCUAAGACACAAAGAUGGUACGUACUACAUGUCCAACGUUAGAACUGGUUUGAUUGUUGCUUUCUUUAAUAUUGGUGCUGCUAUUGGUGGUAUUGUCUGGUCGAGAUUGGGUAACAUUUACGGUCGUAAGCUUUCUUUAGCUUUGGUCACUGUCGUGUACACUAUUGGUCUGGUCAUUCAGAUUGCUUCCAUCUCGAAGUGGUACCAGUACUUCGUUGGCAGAAUUAUUAGUGGUUGUGGUAUCGGUGGUAUCGGUGUUUACUCGUCGAUGUUGAUUGGGGAGACUGCUCCCAAACACGUCAGAGGUACUUUGGUUUCGUGUUACCAACUGAUGAUCACGCUAGGUAUCUUUCUUGGUAACUGUACCGAGCUCGGUACAAAGAACUACAGCAACUCUGUCCAAUGGAGAGUUCCACUAGGUUUGGGUUUUGCAUGGUCUUUGUUCAUGAUCUGCGGGUUGUCUUUUGUUCCUGAAUCUCCACGUUUCUUGAUUGAAGUUGGAAAAAUUGAGGAAGCCAGAGAAUCCAUUGCUAAAUCCAACAAGUUAUCCCCAGACGACCCUGGUGUUAUUGGUGAAACUGAAUUGAUGGCUGCUUCUAUAGAGAGUGAACGUGCGGUUGGUAAUGCAACCUGGCGAGAAUUGUGGUCCCCCAAAGGUAAGAUUUUGCACAGAACUAUUUUCGGUUUGAUGAUUCAAUCUUUGGAACAGCUAACUGGUAUCAACUACUUCUUCUACUACGGUACCCAGAUUUUUGUUGCUAUUGGUUUGAAAGACUCGUUCGAAACUGCUAUUGUCAUCAGUGUUAUCAAUUUUGCUGCGACUGGCGUUGGUAUUUUCUUCAUUGAUAGAUUUGGUCGUCGUGCUUGUUUGUUGUGGGGUGCAUUAGGCAUGAUCGCUUGUUUGGUUGUGUACGCUUCUGUCGGUGUCAGGAGAUUGUUUCCAAACGGUAGAGACAGACCAGCUUCCAAGGGGGCUGGUGAUUGUAUGAUCUGCUUCACAUGUUUCUAUAUUGUUUGUUUUGCUACGACAUGGGCACCUGCUGGUUACGUCAUUAUCGCUGAAACUUUUCCAUUGAGAAUUAAGCCAAAAGCUAUGGCUCUUGCUAUGACUGCCAAGUGGAUCUGGGCAUUCUUGAUUGCAUUCUUCACCCCAUUUAUCAGUUCUGCCAUCCACUUCUCCUACGGGUAUGUCUUCAUGGGUUGUGUUUGCUUCGCGUGGUGUUACGUGUUUUUAAUGGUCCCAGAAACUAAGGGCCUAUCUCUAGAAGAAGUCAACGUGAUGUGGGAAGAAGGUGUCUUACCGUGGAAGUCUACUGCUUGGGUACCUCCAUCCAAGAGAAAUGACGACUAUGAUGCUGAUGCCAUGGCUCACGAUGAUGUCCCUGUCUACAAGAGAAUGUUGGGGAGGAAAUGA